AUGACUAAAGACAAAGAGAGAAGCCAUAUAAACCCUAACAGCGUCCAUUGUUAAAACUCUCUUUGGCACAACACCAAACACUCAAAAUAUGGCCGUCCCCUAAAGAAAGUACAGAUGAAGAACUCUCUGAUUCUUUCAUGAAGAUCUCGCCAAUAAAGGGUUUUGAUGAGAGGUUCUCAGGUUUCUCUUUAGGGGAUGGCCCAAAACACAAGAGUUCUCAGGUUUCUCUUGGAAACUAUGGUUAUGAAUUGUGUUUAUGUGUAGGGUGUUGUGUGAAUGAUGAUCAUCAUCAUUAUCAUUAUCAUUAUCUAGUGUAUAUGGUGAUGGUGAUGAUGAUGGUUGUGUGUGAAUGGAGCGAUGAAGAUUGCAUGAAGGUUGAUGAAGACAAGCUUGAUGUGUCUUUUGUUAUCCCUCGUUAGGGCAACUUCGAUCCUUUGGCAAGCUUCGGUUCCCCUCGGAAUCAGCAGAUUAUCACUAUCUUUCUCUUACUCUCUCCCUCUCUCUCUCUUUGUCUAUGUUAAUUACUUCUUUGUUUAUUUUGAUUCCGGUUUGGUUUGGUUUAAGUGUGUGUGGGUGGUGUUGUAAUCCUGUGUGAUGCACCGUUCAAGUGUGUUCCUAUCCUAUUUAUGUGUGUGGAAUAAAAGAAUAUUCGGUUUUUAUAUCUAA